CACCUCGCCUCUGGCACCGCCCCUAUCCGUGUGGCACCGCCCUGUCCCCCAACUCCGCCAGUUCUGCGGCCAUGGUUGUGCUCAAGGGCAUCCCGAAGGUGCUGUCGCCGGAGCUGCUAUUCGCACUUGCUCGGAUGGGUCACGGAGACGAGAUAGUUCUUGCAGAUGCAAACUUCCCAACUUCCUCCAUCUGCCAGUGCGGACCCGUAGAGAUCCGAGCAGAUGGCCUGGCCAUCCCACAGCUCCUGGAGGCUGUGCUGAAGCUGCUGCCCCUGGAUACCUAUGUGGAAAGCCCGGCUGCUGUGAUGGAGCUAGUGCCCAGCGACAAGGAGAGGGGCCUGCAGACCCCAAUAUGGAACCUCUAUGAAUCCCUUCUGCUCACAGCAGGCUGCAAGAAAGCUCUGAUGAAGAUAGAGAGAUUUGAGUUUUAUGAACGUGCAAAAAAAGCUUUUGCUGUUGUUGCAACCGGGGAGACGGCACUCUAUGGAAACAUCAUCCUCAAGAAGGGAACACUGGACCUCGGACCCUCAUAGAGACCACCGGAACCACUCAGACCUGGACCCCAGAUCUUGAGAGACUCUGCUGACCCUGACAGAGAUUUCCCCCCUCCCCUGAUAUGUGAAAUUGAGGGGGUGCGGAGAGAAGUCACUGUCAAUCUUUAAAGGUUUUGUACUCAUGAA